ACUGUAAGGGCUGAUUCCAAUGCCUCAGUUUACGUCGCGUUGUUGCGGCGAGCGGACGCAUGUGGGGUGGCGAUUUUGUCCCGUCGUGUUUCACUCGCGAAGUAUUUGCAUAGUGAAGUGCGUAAGUUUUGAAACUGUGGAGAUAUUUGUAACUUGAUAUAUUCCUUUGAUUUUGUUUAGACUUUGUAACUGUGUAGUGGUGCUUAAUAUUAUUAUAGUAGUGUGUUUUGAAUUUAGUGAUGUGAAGUGACUGAAUAGUGUCAAUAAAAUUGUUAUUUUAAUGGGACAAAAGACCGACAAAUGGAUCUCACCUGACCUGCCCUGAUGUCCUAACAUCUCUCCCAAAAUGGAGAGACGCGAGGAGGUGCACCGCCACGGCUGCAGCAUAGCCAAGCAGACGAUCCUCACAACACACCCCAGUGGUCUUCAAACCAGGGUGUCAGUGGAACUGGCCAACUUCGAUGCUCUUUGCCUCCAUUCAGAAUGCAAAGGCAGCCCGAAAAGACCGUGGGAAGGAAGUCCUUUUACGCCACGUCGUGGUCUCUUGGGCGGAGUCUCAGCACAUGCCACUCCAGUGUUGGGCAGGAGGAGUGAUCUGGUCAACGAGGGGCGGUUGUCCCAACAAUGCACUCCUGUGAUGAGGAGACGGGAGAUCCUGGACAGUCCCGGGGGAUCCCCUCUCCUCGCCAGGAGGUCGGACGUGGAGGAGGAGGACAGUGAUGUGGAUAACAGUGUCAUCAGCGGCUGGCUCAAGUUCCGGGACAACAAAAGGUGGAAAUCGCGGUGGGGCGUCGUCACGAAACUAUCUCCAGCAGCAGAUUGUCUCCACCUGCAACUCUACAGAGACCCAAAGGACCGCUACAAGAAAGGUCAAACGAAAGCUUCCCUCUCACUCCAACAUUUCCUCGGUUUCGAGUCUGGUUUCACCUUAGACAAGGAAUCCAACACAAUCGCUAUUAUUUGCCAAGAUGUGACCGUGGUUCUCGCUUUUGAGACCAGAGAGAGGCUAAUAGCUUGGCAGGUCAAAGUGGGAGGGCAGCUAGGGUCAUCGAAGGAGUUCUUGGUAAUGGUGGGGGGCGGGGGCUCCAAGAAGCUGCCGGCGGGCCCCGCCAGGAUGCAUCUCCAGGGCAGAAGGUUCGCGCUCACGAGUGGAGUCCCGCCACGUUUACUAGGCCUGUGGGAGCUCGCACAUUUGAGACGGUAUGGAGUGGUGGAAGGCCGAUUUUGCUUCGAAGGUGGUUCUCACUGCGGCAAGGGCGAAGGCCUGCACAUGCUCAUAUCAGACCAGGCGCAGGAGAUCAGCGACGCUUUCGACUGCGCCGCUCAGGGAAACUUGUCCUCACAACGAACACCGGCAGCCUCUAGAAGAAACACUGGUAAAAAAUUAAAACCCGUGAUGUCACUGAAAGUACUUGAAUCUAAGGCAUAUUUAGUAAAUGUUUUUGUUUUUACAGAAAGAGGUAAUAAAACUCGGGCAAGCACGCGGCUGUCUGACUUCAACCCCGAACAAUCAAUUCCUGACACUGCAAGUGCUUUAUAUGAAGAGAACUUUUUCGGUGAAGACUGUGGGGGAGUGUCACCGUACUGGCCCUCAGACGAGAGACGAGGUUUCGAUGACGAUGUGGAAAUUGGUGCAAGACCACCAUGGACAGGCGCCGAUCAUGUUACUUUAGAGCGAUGCAAUAACUGUCUCACUAAACUUGGCGCAAUAUCCCGUUCAUCAACAGUUGCCCUUACGCCUGGAACUACUUUCAAUCCAGCUUGGACAAUGGAAGCUGUUCCUGAAAGUAGUUCUGAUAAUUCUUCAAACAGUACAGAAUAUUUGACGCCACGAGUUAUAAAAAAGAGUCUAGAAGCGUGCCAGUGCCAAGAUAAACCUCCCGAGCGACCACCAAAACCGGCACACCUAGAUCAAAAGAAGCCUCCAGCGCCGUUACCCGUUCAAGCCUGCUCGUGUGCAGUGACUGACAACUAUCCCGCAAAUAAUCCUAAAGUUGGACCUUACGAAAAUUAUGAUGUUCCUAAAACUACUCACACUGAAAUUGACCACUCAGAACAUUAUGACACACCUAAAAGGAUAAAACAAGCUUUAGCAGACGAUCUUUUUCAGGUAACAAAAAACUCUGCCCCUGGAUCUCUAGUACUAAAAAAGAAUUGUGGAUGUAUACUAAAAUUUGCCUCUAAAAAGAAACCAGUAAUAGUAGAAUGUGAUGAAAAUAUUCAACCAGUAGAAUGCCCAUGCCAAAAAGUCACUAAUUGGGCGAACACUCUAAUAAGUCUUCCAUACUGUAAAAGAAGUUUACAUAGAGAACACAUAAAUACCGAACUUCUCACUCAACAGAAAUCGGAAGAAAUGGCAAUUUAUGCUACCAUAGAUGUUACUAGAAAAACGAACAGACAAAGUGCUGCAAGUACUGACAAAGAAAACACAAACGAAUAUUCAAAUGAACCGCAAUUUACGAACUAUCAAAAUAUUGAGCCGAAAGAAGAAAAAGAAUUUGAAGGACCCUAUGCAAACUAUGAAAAUUUAGAAUUCGCUUUAUCUUUAGAAUAUUACGAAAAUGCCAAAGAUUUACUAAAGAAAGCGGGAGUCACCCAAAAUGAACUAGAUGCGCUCAGUGCAAAUAUAGACCUUGCUGUUAAUUCGACGCCAAAGAAAUCUAAACAGUGCACCAAAUGUGGACAUUCACAAACAGCGCUCAAUAAACUGGUAGACUCUAAGAAGAAUAGGAAUGAUGAAUAUUUACUUAUGGAACCUACAAACGAAGCGAAACACGAAUUUUGCAGUAAAACUUUAGGGCCUAAUCCUGGGUAUACACCUAUGUCUCCAAAUCCAAAUUGGUCACAGAGCCUAAAACAUCCCAUGCACAAAGUCCAAAAAGUAGAAAUAGAAAAAUCACUUAGCAUACCUACAUUAAAUGGAAGUGAAAACAGAGUUACGUUUGGAAUUCUAAACAAUAGUAAAGAAUCAAUGCAGAAACGUUCAAGCUCUGUUGAUUCGGCUAGACUACUUGAGGAUCUAAAAGAAUUUGAAAGCAGCAUAGGGAGCCAAGCAACGUCGUCUUCGCUGGAAACAUUGCGAAACCUUGCCAUAGAGAACAGAAGAACAUCAUCACCUUGCGAACAAGAUACGGAGUGUUACGACUGCUGCAAAUCAUCAGGAUCUGAAAAUAAAACUUCAGAAGAAAGCAGUUCUAAAGAAAUACCCCAUUUGAGAAACAAACUAAUGGAUAACGCUCAAAUUAAACGAUCUUCAAGCGUUCCUUGCAAAUCAGGUGGCAACAGAGAUUCUUCAAGCUCUAAUGACUCAGGAGUUUCAAGUUGCUCUAUGAAGCAUGGACCGGAUUUCAAUGAAUUUGAAAUGCCACUGACAUCUGGUCAUUCCCGGUACCAUUAUAAUAUGGUACAUAAGAGGAUGCGAGGGAACUUGUCGGGCUGCGUCCAUUCCUCGCUACCUAGAAAGUCAAAGUCGUCUGAUCCGUUGCGGGACAUGUCUAUGCAGUUGCACAAAGCUCCCGUACCGGCGAAAUCAUCUUCAGCUGAAGCGGAGGUCCCAGUUCUACCACCCAAGCAAUUUAAAGGAAUGUUCGCAGGUGUAAUGGACACGCACAGCACAUCGAGCGGUACAUCCGAUAUGUCAGAUUACAUCGAGACGCUGUCGCUGACGUCAUCACACUCCUCCUCCGACACUCCAAUGGGAAUGAGGCUAAGCCGUCAACCGACCAACACGCUUCGGCCGCGCUCCGGCAAGGAGUACCACAACAUCGACCCUAUCCUCACCUCCAUGUACAAGAACGGCAAGGACCUCGCUAACUACACUAAUAUACCGUGAACCAUAUCACUCCAAUAUCCAGAGCUAGAUAAAUAAACGUCUCUUAAUAUUUAAUAUUAUAACCACUUAUUACGAAACUCAACCGUAUUGCAAUGAAGUAAGAGCGAUAAUAACUUUGAUUUAACACAUAUUCUAUCACUGUCGCUCAGCUGUAAAACCAAAUCAGCUAGAUAGAGUUAGGAAUAAUAAAUGGUCAAAGAAAGUAUUACGUAAUGCUUAUUUAUCUCUGCUCUAUGUUUAAGCUCUAACUGUCCUAGCGUUUUUAACUGUCCUUGCUUUAAAAAAUUAUCCUAAUCACCAAAUUUUUUAAUUUAGUUUUUUGACCAACCGAUUACUAAUUAUAAAUUAUUUGAGAAAUUAUAAUAAGCAUAAUAAUAUCGUGAAAUAAUCAAUCAAAUUACUAACCGUCGCAAAAGCAAGUACAGUUGAAUUAGUUACGUUGAUUAGUCAACCUAAUAUGACCACCAUAAUGUUUUGAUAAUGUUAUUUAGCUAUUUGUUAAUUAUGAAUACUUUUUACUCUAACAGUGCUCAAGUUAUCAUUACCAUUGUGUUACCCCUGACCCAUUUAUCUACGCAUAUAAGACUGAAAGUUUAAAUUUUUUAAUUUAUUAAAUGACGAAGUGUAUUCUAGUCGACAGCUGAAUGUAAUAUUAAAUGUAAAAAUAAAUGUUUACGUUUAGUCUAAAUGUGGAGCUGUAAAAAUUUUGGAUAAUUUUUAUUAAAACAACGAUUAAUUUUUAAAACAAUUUAUAGUCAUUAGUUCUUAAAAUGCAUUUUAUACGGAGUUUUAAAGACAUGUAUAUAUUUGUGUCGUGAGUAUAUGAUCGCACAUUACUGAGAUGGGAAACUACUUUGUAAAUAACAAACGAUGAUAACACCAUUCCUGAAUUUGUAAGCUUUUUAUUACUAGUAUAGACUAAACCAUCCCAUCAGUUUCUUGAAUACUUCAAUUAUCUUAAGAAGCCUGAAACACCGCUACGCUGUCGUAGCAAGCUACGAAAUAUCGUAGACCAUUCCGUAGUACGUGGCUACGUGACUUAAAGCUCGUCAUCUCACGGCACAAAUGGAAUUGACCUUGUAAAUUUGAUAUAAUCUUAGUAAAAUGAUUCAUUGCAGCAAUAAGUAUAAAGUUCCCAGAGAGUAGUGUUAUCGUGUCGGUUAAGAUGUGACUUGUCUAUUGUAAGGGUCGUGUUAAGAUAAUCUGGUCAUGAAACGAGCUUUUUAUGUGCGCUUGCUAUGUGAUCCGUGUAAACAAAAUUGAUAUCAUUUAUUUUCCUUCAGCAAAGGAAGUCUCUCUUCACUUUCGUUACGUUUAUGUACGUAACGACAGUGCAGUGUAAGGGAAGGCUUUAAUUAAGUAAACUUUCAAUUGAAGAAAUAAAUUAACACCUAUGAAAUUUGUUUUUUUACAAAAUGAUUAUGGUAUAUUAUGGUAAUUCAAUACCUUGUUUCGUUUAUAAUCACAUAACAAGCUCUAGGCAUGGGAAUCUGCGUGCAAUACCAUAGGUGGGCGUAUUUAUGAUAUACCUAUGUAUCUGUAGUACUUUCGCUAGCUCAUAUACUAUCCGCAGGCUGUAUAUCAUCCUCGAUCUAAAUGUAUACCUUAUACAUAUGAAUAAACAUUAUAGUAAUUUGUA